CAUUAAUUCAACAGCUACAGGAUUUAACACUCACAAUGAAGUUUGCAGUUGUAGUAACUAUUCUAGUGGUCAUCGCCUCCGCAUCACACCAACAGCCAACGAAACCUCCUACUAGUACUAAGGCAACGAAACCUCCUACUAAUACUAAGCCAACGAAACCUCAUACUAACACUAACACUGCUGCGGCUGCCUCCGCAUCUCACCAACAGCCAACGAAACCUCCUACUAAUACUAAGGCAACGAAACCUCCUACUAAUACUAAGCCAACGAAACCUUACACUAACACUAACACUGCUGCGGCUGCCUCCGCAUCUCACCAACAGCCAACGAAACCACCUACUAAUACUAAGGCAACGAAACCUCCUACUAAUACUAAGCCAACGAAACCUCAUACUAACACUAACACUGCUGCGGCUGCCUCCGCAUCUCACCAACAGCCAACGAAACCACCUACUAAUACUAAGGCAACGAAACCUCCUACUAAUACUAAGCCAACGAAACCUCAUACUAACACUAACACUGCUGCGGCUGCCUCCGCAUCUCACCAACAGCCAACGAAAUCUCCUACUAAGACUAACACCUUACCUGAGUGAUAUUGCACAAUAUUUUAAAUCAUAUUGUACUAUGUAUGCAAUAUGAUUGAUGUUAAAUAAACUUUUUCUCGUAGAA